AUGAGCGGCGCGCCAGAUGCGGAAUCAGCCCGCCGAGGCGCCAAGUUUACAUGGAGUACGCGCGACGACAAAGUGCUGGUCGAGUGCGUGCUUGAGCUGCGAGCGCUCUUGCGCGACCCGGUGCGCUCGUACCCGCGUACCAAGUUCUGGAAAGCGAUCAGCGAUCACAUGGUGCUCAACCACGAGCUCCACCGCAACAGCAGGCAAUGCCGUGACCGCUUCAACCUGCUUUUUUCGCGCGCUGUCGCGCGCGCACCCACACACCGCGACACGGACCUCGACGAUCUGCUCGAGACCUGCAAGGCCCGUUUUUAUUUCGGGAACGGCCGCAGUCUGGAAGUCAAGGACUCGUCACUGUCCCACAGUCCGUCGCGCCAACACUCGUUGAGCACGCUGCUGGACCCGCCCGACGUCCAGACGGAGCUGAAGUACGUGCGCGACACGCUCGACGAGCUGCGAGCCGAAGUUGCGCGCAUCAAAAUCGACCUUCAGCGUCUGUACGAGAUCGUCGAGGCGCGAUGA